AUGAACGCGACGGCCCCCGGCGCGCAGAGCGUGCACGGCGUGAACCCGCAGACGCUGGUGGAGAAGAUCAUGCGCAACCGCGUGUACGCGAGCGUGUACUGGAAGGAGCAGUGCUUCGGGCUCACGGCCGAGACGCUGGUGGACAAGGCCGUGGAGCUGACCGAGUUCGGCGGCACGUUCGGCGGCAACCAGCAGCCCACGCACUUCCUGUGUCUUCUGCUCAAGAUGCUGCAGCUGCAGCCGGAGCUUGAAGUUGUGCGCCAGUUCAUCGAAAACGACGACUACAAGUACGUGACGGUGCUGGGCGCCGUGUACCUGCGGCUGGUGGGCAAGCCCCGCGAGGUGUACGAGCUGUUGGAGCCGCUGCUGAGCGACUACCGCAAGAUCCGCAAGCGCAACGUCAUCGGCUGGGAGAUCACCCACGUGGACGAAAUCGCGGACGCGUUGCUCAACGAGGAAUACUACGUCGACCUAGCGCUGCCCCGACUGGUGGACAGGGAACUGCUAGAGAGAAACGAAGGCCUGCCGCCGCGCAGGAGCCCGCUCGAGGACGAGCUUGACGCGGCUAGCGACAGUAGCGAUAGUAGUGAUAGUAGUGGUGAAGAAGAAAAAUGAAUGGACAAUGAUUUUUUUGU